AUGAGUCAGAUCAAUGAGAGAAGGAGCGCCAUUAGAGAAGGCAGCAGCCCGACACCAUCAAUUGAGGAUGGUGACAUUGAUAUUCAGGAUGACGGUUCAAGUAACCAUGGAGCACUCAUUGUAAGUGUUCAGCCGCAAGCAUCGGAGGAGCAAGUAGACGUCAACGACACCGAUGGUAUGGCAGUGUCACUGGUUGAUGACAACGACCCCGGAUGUUUUGGACCUACAUCGAACAUCUCCCUCAUGAGAAUCAUCUUUCAGGUUGUUGCUCGCAGAGGCUACGUCCGUGAUUCACUAAAGUUCCCAUCGACAGGGACGAAAUACACUGGGGCCAUGGUCAACCCAUCACGAUUAAUACCUGGUAGCCCGUCAAGGACAGAAAUAGGUAGCUGUAACCAGCUUCCUCCUGAUCAUAGGACGAGGACAUUGAUUCGGCAUUACUUUUCUACUACUGGCAUGCUUUUCCCUUACAUACAUGAGCCUUCAUUUCUCGAAACCUACGAGAAUCUGAAGAAGAAUAAUUUUCGGGUCAGAGCGCGCCGGACAUGGCUGGCCCUGCUGAAUAUCAUGUUGGCAAUGGCCUCGUGUGGAGGUUGUCAGGAUGCGGAGAAUGCCAAAACUGUGGAAUCGGAGAUAUUCUAUCGACGAGCACAGGAGUUGUGCGGUAGUCAGAUGCUUGCUGGGGCUACUCUCGAAACCGUCCAAUAUCUCCUCUUAACUAGCCAGUACCUACAAGGCAUUCAGAAAGCAGCUCAAACCUGGGCUACGCAUGGCUUGGCUGUCAAAGCAGCACUUUCCAUCGGAAUUCACUUGCAACAGAACUUAGGUUCGCAUCCACCAAUCGAAGUAGAGAUGAGAAAACGCACUUGGUAUGGUUGCGUUGUGCUGGAUCGAUCCCUGAGCAUGACAUACGGCCGUCCAAGUACAAUCCAUGAAGACUACGUGCAGCUGGAACUCCCCGUUGCCAUACAAGGAGAGCUAGGUGAAUCUAAGAGUGUCGCCUUUUUCACGGCGACAAUGCAAGUGACUCACGAGCCGUGUUAA